AGAAGAGGGUGCGCAAGCGGGACAGCACUCGGCAGAGUCGGGGCGGUGCCGUCCCGUUCUGGCGCCCGGGCCAGCUGUCGCUGCACAGAGCAAAACAACACCAGCGGGGCCUUCCACUGACAAGUCGGAGCUCUCGAGCUGGCACUUGGCUACGGAACGGCUUUCGGUGUCGGUGUACAAGCGCUUUUGCUGCUCUUCUCCUUAAGAACACUAAAUCCCUUGCUCGGAAUCCCGGAAUCGGCGCGACGCGGCGCGGCCAGCCUAAGACCCCUCAGGGCAAAUAAUAAUAAGUUUUUAGGAGAAUUAACUUUUCGGUAUUAAGGAUUUAGCGCAAUAAAGUUUGAUGAAGAGCAGUCGACGGUAGACGCGUCCGGGAUCGUGGCGGACGGUCAGCGGGAACGUGGCCGGAAGAGAGAAACUAACGGCGUGAGUGUGUGACUGUGAGCUUCACGGCACUAAAUCCCGGAUUUUCGGGUGUGGAAACCAAAACGGAAGCAGCAGCAGCAGUCGCGCGCGCGGUCAAGAAAGUGAGAACGCAACGCGCCGGGCCACACCGUGAACCGGGCUUAAGUGAUUAAGAAUUUUUCAAAACAUCGCUAGAGCAACUUUGUUUCGACUGCUUUUUUUCUGUUAAUUUCUGCCUCUGGUGUGAAGAAGUGAAGAACGACGAGUGAUGUUUGUUUUGCGGUUCUUAGAUGAGGUGGAUUAAAGAAAGGCGAAACCGUUAUUAACACUUGAAAGAAGGCUAGGAUUUGAGUUUUGAGGUGUGAUUAGUGACCGGAAGUGUGUGUGUGUUACAAGGAGGAGUGUGUUGUGACAAGUGGUGUGACACUGCGAAAUCUCUCUUCGGUUGGUUUAUUAGCGGUGCUUUCGGUGGAGAAAAGUUGCCUGUAUUAAAAAUUAAGGUGAAGAACGGUGCUACAGAUUGAGCGCUGUUUGCGGUUUUGUCCAAGCUGGUAGGACGAUUCUUUGAGGUCCAAAAUUUCCAAACAACAGUAGCUCAAACAUCUUAAAACCACCGAACUCGCUUCGAGUUCAACCAACCUUGGGACGUACCGUCCCACCUAACCCCUUACCAAUUUUUUGCGACCCCCGGUACCCACAAACAGUCAAAACGAUUUAUCUCCGGCCGUACAAGGACAUCUUCCCGGGCGGUGGCCAUAACCAGCUGGGCUCGUUAUAUCCACAGUCCGUGAUGGAGCGGGGCGGUGGCGGGACGGUCACCGGUGCCGGCGGAACGGGAGCCGGAACCGGUGGCCUGGACGCGAUGGCCGACGCCAGCGGGCUCUGCCUGCAGGACCUGGUCGGCAAUGGCGGAGGAGGAGGAGGAGGAGGUGGUGGUGGUGGGACAACCUCGAAUGGGACAAACGAGCACCAUUUGGGGCAUCACAACAGUCACAACAGUCACAACCACCACCACCACGGGUCGCUGCACGACUCGGUGACGGGGGUUAGUGUCAGUUCGGCGCUGACCAGCCUGAUGAGCCCGUCGGGGAUCAACAGCGGCGGGCUGGGACACCUGCACCAUGGGGCGGGUGAUUUGGGCGGGCAUCACCACCACCACCAUCAGCACCCGUCGCUGCACGAGCCGCUGGAGAAGUUGAAGUUGUGGGCCGAGACGGGCGACUUUCGUGAUAAUAGUCAUAGUGCAAUGUCGGCGGUAACCAGCCUGGACCACACGCAGAUGAACUUCCAGACGUCGGUGAGCGGUGGCGGAGGGGGCGGCGGCGGCGGUUCCAGCCGGAACCGCAGCAACCGGGACCGGAAGAGUGAUGUGACCCGUGUCGACGCCGCUUCGGUAAAGACGGAAAACAUCAGCAGCGGGAUGUCCCACGACGACGGCGGUGGGACCACGAUAGCGGACAACGGCACCGGGGACGGCAACUCGGGCGGCCCCGCAACCAAGAACGACAAGAAGAACAAGCGGCAGCGGCGCCAGCGGACCCACUUUACGUCGCAGCAGCUGCACGAGCUGGAGCAGACCUUUAGCCGGAACCGGUACCCGGACAUGUCCACCCGGGAGGAGAUCGCCAUGUGGACGAACCUGACGGAGGCGAGGGUUAGGGUGUGGUUCAAGAACCGGCGGGCCAAGUGGCGCAAGCGGGAGCGGAACCAGAUGAACGCGAUCGCCGCCGCCGACUUCAAGAACGGCUUCGGGCCCCAGUUUGUGCAACCGUUCGCCGACACCGACAGCCUGUACUCGUCCUACUCGUACAACAACUGGGCCAAGGUGCCCUCACCGCUCGGCGCCAAGACCUUCCCGUGGACGGUGAAUCCGCUGGGGACGUCGAUCGUCCCGACGAACCACCACCAGAACUCGAUCAACUGCUUCAACACGACGGCGUCGUCGGUGGCGGCCGGCAUGGGAACCGCCGGAACCAUGCUGACGGGCAGCAUGGGCACCAGCUUGGGCGGGACGACCGGCGGGACCGGCGUUUCGACGACGCCCUGCCCGUACACGACCCCGACCAACCCGUACAGCAUGUACCACCACCGGGCCGCCGCAGAACCCUGCACGGCGAUGACCUCCAGCAUUGCCACGCUCAGACUCAAAGCCAAGCAGCACACGUCCGGCUUCUCGAGUCCGUACUCGGCGCCCUCGCCCGUGUCCCGCUCCAACUCGGCUGGGCUGUCCGCCUGUCAGUACGCCAGCGUCACGGACACCGUCUGAGAAAACGCCCUGGGCAGCAUGCUGUCCUCGUCGUCGCUCGUCGCCAACGUGUACAACUCCAGCCUCAGCUCCGGGAGUUCGCUCGUCGUGAACAACUCGUCCGACGGCGGAGGUGGCGCCGAUAAAGAUGCCGGUCUCGACGACGAGGACCUGAUGGUGCCGGACGACGACGAUGAUCACCACCAACAUCAUCAGCAGCAGCACCGGAGGAACAAUGGGGACGAUAUUCACGAUUAAAUCCGGAGGGGAGGACUUAUCACUAGAUUUGGGCAACUGUCAGUUUGACGGAACGGCGUCGGCGAAAUCAAAGGUGCGUUAUCUGUGACGAGGUGACCGCCGAACACGGAUUAGGUGGCGCGCGGCUUAUCGAUCGCAGUUGGCGGAAAGUUUGGUUAAGUAGGCGCCGCCGCGGAGGAGGAAGAGGUCGCGGGAGCUGAUUGAUAAAUUCAAUGGAACGGCCAGUUUGGCGCCCGGGGGAAAGUGAUUCGGGAUGGAAAUAGAACUUCCGCGUUAUCGGGGUGAUUUGGUGGGAUUUUGGAGGUUAUGUUGAGUGCUUUCAAAAAUAAACAUUGGACAAGUCAUCGGUCAUUACGGAUGACUUGCCGGCUUGGGUGAUCGAUUGAUGGCGCUAUUUGAUGGGUGGUGGUAUGAAAUUCAAAUUUGUUCUGCGAAACCACUUUUGGGUUCCGGAAUCGUGGAAAUAUCACAACAAACACGAUUUUUCUUCAAAACUAGAUCGUUUUAGACGAUUUGCUGCUGCAACUGUUAACCUUUUGCGACUUUCUGCAGAACUGUCACUGACAGUUCAAGCAUAACGGUACACGCAAAACUGAAAACACUUAAAAUCAAUUUAAUUUUGUUUUGAGUGAUUGCGACGAAAAAAAUCUCAAAAUCUGACUUUUUUUUUUGAAAAAUUAUCUUUUUCAUCAAAACUGAAUCGUUUCAGACGAUUUGCCGUCAGUGACAUUUGCGAUUGUUUACCUUUUGCCACUUCCUGCAAAACUGUUACUGACAGCUCAAGCGUAACGGUACACGCAAAACUUAAAAUACUCAAAAACCAAUUGGGUUUUGUUUUGUCGAGAAAAAAUGUCAAAAUCUCACUUGUCAUUUUAAAUAAAUAUCAACAACAUUUGACAGUGUACCCAUUCUCCCACCAAAACGGCUCACAAUAAAAGAAAACAAAAAACAUCUGUCUCACUUUUGUAAGAAAGAGAGAGAGUAAAAUGUGGGAGGUGGCUUAAGUGCUUGCACACUCUCACACGCUCGGCAGCAACACACAUUCACGAGUGUUUGUUGUGGUUCUACACGGCAAAUGUGUGUUGCCUCUCUUUUUCGUUACGUUUUCGCUGCCAAAUUUACCUCCCGAAAAAAAAAAAGAUAUUUGCUGAUUAGAUUUCGGCGUCGUCGCUGAAAGAUCAAAGUGAAAAUUUAUUUUUCGUGCCAGCGAUGGAAAAAGAUAAGCCCCGAGUCAAUCAAGUCGUUAUUGAAUUGCUGUCCCGACCAACAACAAAAAAAAAAUGGAUGACAACUCGGAAUAUCGUCGAAAUUGUUCUCCGACUCAAAAUAAGAUUAAAAAGAAACCUCACCAAACCGCGAGGCUGUGUAAAUAUUUUAUAUUUGUGCGACUUUUUUUCAUUUUCGGAAACUACACGCUAAACAAAGUCAAACCAAACAAAAAGUACGCAAUCUUUUUUCCUCUUGCCAACAAACCAAAAUGAAAAGAUCCUAAACUAGAUACAGAAAGACAAAUAAAUCGUUAGUGAGUAAAAGUGUAGAAUGAUUCUCGUAGAAAUUGAAGGAGUUUCUCAAUUUCUGAAUAAUUUACGAUCCCUGCAAAAAAAAAAAACAAGGGUAUUUCUACCUAAAAAUGUGCAAUCAUUUCCGUUUUACCCCAUCCUUCUUUCCCUUUUCUAUCUAAUUUAUUGACUAGUGAAAAUCGAAAUCGAACAAACACCAUUCAGGUUGAGCUAAACUGUACAGUUGACGAAGUAAUUCAAAGUAUGCUAUAACUUAAGCUAAUGAUACCAAAAAAAGUAAAAUGCAAGCGAAUCGCGGUCAAAUUAAACCACACAAAAAUUGUAGAUAAAUCGACGAUUCGUUGGAGCACGAACAGAAACUAAAGAGCGAAAAAAAAAUAGAAUCAUAAAACAAACGCAAGAAUUAUCAAAAAAAAAAACUCACUUCCUUUUCAAAUCUUCAGUACACAAAAAGUCACACAAGCAAACGAGAGAGAGAGAGCUCAGUACUUAAAAGAACAAUGUUUUGUCUAGUCAAAUUUGUGUACGUAUGCGCGAAUUGUCUCACUCACAAACGCUCGGUUUUGCGUCAAGAAGGGUAGUGUAAUUUAAUAAAGCAAACGAAAAAGUCAUGAAAACAAUGCCAAUCGAUUCAUUUAGUAUGCUUAAAUUUAAACAAAUACACGAACACAAACACACAAAAAAAACUUCUAGAUUACAGAUUAAACAUCACACAGAAAAUACACAAUUAAAUCGUUAAGAGAAAUAUUGAUAAAAGGUUAAGUUAAGGAAGUAGGAAGGAGAGAAAGAAAAAAAAAAAUACAAAAUUUCAAAGUAGUUAAUAACUUGAUGAUCCCAUAAGAUAUGUAUAUCGUGAACACAAUAAGUCUUGGUAAGCUACCAGUAAAAAAAAAUCACAAAGAAGGUCUACAAUAAAAAUGAUCAUUACAAAUUGAA